AUGAAUACAACGGACAUAGAACGAUGCAGGAAACGGAUAAUCCAGUACAUCUGGGACCCCGAGCCCAAGAAUGACGAGGAGCCAGGACUGCCGAUAUGGUGCAUGGGAACACGGUACCACCCUCAACUCGGACUGGGAUUGACAGACAAAUACAACCACAAUGACGACGGACUGCAACCUAGCGCAACAAAACCAAGCACACCCGACUGGCCAGAGUCUUUCCUACUAGACUUCGAAUCAAGGAUCUGGAUGACAUACAGGUCAAAUUUCGCCCCAAUACCCAAAGACGCCGGUCGAGACGGGACCUCAUCCUUGACACUAAGCGUGCGGCUGAGAAGUCAGCUCAUUGAACCCCAGGGCUUCACAAGUGACACUGGAUGGGGCUGUAUGAUAAGAUCAGGCCAAAGCCUCCUGGCCAACGCCAUGCUCGUUCUAUCACUGGGCCGUGGAUGGCGACGAAGCGACGGGUCAAAGGACGAAGUGCAACUACUCGCACUGUUCGCCGACUCACCAGACGCACCAUUUUCGAUACACAACUUUGUCAAGUACGGGGCGGAAUCAUGCGGAAAGCGUCCCGGGGAAUGGUUUGGGCCAAGCGCUACAGCUAGAUGCAUACAAGGCCUUGCAGCGAGAUACAACCAGUCAAAGCUUCAAGUAUACAUUGCGGACGACAACUCGGACAUCUAUCAGGAAAAGUUCAUGGGCGUCGCUAGGGAUGAACAAGGUACCAUCCGACCCACACUCAUCUUAUUGGGCCUCAGACUGGGUAUCGACCGCGUAACUGAAGUAUAUUGGGAUGGAUUGAAAGCUGUACUCCAGCUUCCACAAUCUGUCGGAAUUGCAGGAGGGCGCCCUUCGGCCUCGCACUAUUUUGUAGCGGUCCAGGGGUCACACUUUUUCUACCUCGACCCACAUCACACGCGCCCUGCUUCCAAGCAUAGCGAACCAAGCUCGUACACCGAAGAAGAGGUUGAUACAUACCACACUCGUCGACUCAGGAGACUCAACAUCCAAGACAUGGACCCAAGCAUGCUGAUCGGGUUUCUUAUCAAGGACGAAGAUGACUGGAAGGAUUGGCAGGAUCGAGUUACAUCCAUGGAAGGGAAACCAAUCAUCACAAUCAUGAACAACGACACCACAUCCUGGCAAGGCCGAAUGGAAGCAGUAGACGAAGUCGAGACAUUUGACGAUGACGAUUCAGCAUAA